AUAACGUCGACAUGGGGUAUGAAGUGGGGAAAGAAUCUCACUUUCCCCUGCAUGGUGUAUUGAGCGUGUUUGAUAGUAAAAAUAAGAACCGCUCCACUUUUCCCCCAUUUGCACCCCUCUUAACUUUUUCCCUCGCCGUGCUUACUUGAGGUUCCCUCAGUCUUGAGCUUCCCAUAUCCGUCGCUCUUCGAGCCUCCUUCGAGGAAGAGAAAUCCCAUGAAAACCCUAGGUCGAAGAAGAAAAAGACGCCUGCAGCAACUCUCGCUCCAUUGCCAUUAUCACAGAGCUUGAAGAGAUUGAAGCCACAAAUCAGUGAGAGCUUGCAGAGAUUGAAUCCACGAAUCAGUGAGAGCUUGAAGAGAUUGAAGUCACGAAUCAAACAUGGAAACUACCAGGGAGAUCUUGAAAAUGAUGAAAACCAGGCAGAAGAGAAAGUGUUGAUUCUUGGACAAGAUGGAAGCCAAGUAAGAGAUAGUGGGAAGGAUAGUUUUGGGCUUUGGGUAAGAAGAUGCAAAUGAGUGAUUGCAUCGUUCUUUGCAGUAAUCAUGGCUCAUUCAUCUCUUUUGCAUUCAGGCAUGAGGUCUGCUAAAUCUCGGAGACUUAUAGUAGGACUUGGAGUUCUCCUUAGAACAAGGACAUGGGAUUUCCCAGAGAGCGAAAGAGUUUCUCACUCUUCCGCAGCACGCCACUUUUCUGGUGCAGCAAGCCAUAGCUUGUCAAUAUGGAGGCGAAGGAGGAGUAUGGGGAAAGAAGGGCUUUUGGUUGUUCAGGAAUUGAAGCGCUUGAAGUCUGAUGAAGUUCGGCUACGCUCUUUCUUUAAAAGCCAUGUCUCUCGACUUCUCAAAUCUGACCUCCUUGCUGUGCUUGAAGAGUUUCAGCGCCAGGACCAGGUUUUCCUCUGUAUGAAGGUAUACCAGGCUAUACGUCAGGAGAUAUGGUACCGCCCAGAUAUGUUCUUUUACAGGGACAUGCUUCUGAUGCUUGCAAGGAAUAGAAAGGUGGAGGAGGCAGCCCAGGUCCAUGAGGACCUGAAGAGAGAGGGAGUCCACUUUGAUCAGCAUACAUAUGGUGACAUUAUCAGAUCAUUCUUAGAUAAUAACCUCGAGUUCCAAGCAAUGGAAUGGUAUGAAGAAAUGAGACAAUCUCCUGACCCUCCUUUAUCUCUUCCUUUCCGAGUCAUCUUGAAAGGCCUCCUACCUUACCCUGAGCUUAGAGAAAGAGUAAAGGAGGAUUUCCUUGAACUAUUUCCUGGCAUGAUUGUUUAUGAUCCUCCUUUAGACCUCCUUGAUCAGAACUGAGUCAGUAUUCAGCCAAAGAGAGACUAAAGGAGGGCUUCCUUGAGCUAUUUCAUGCUAUAAUAGUGUAUGAUCCCCCUGAAGACCUCCUUGACCACAACUGAAUCAGUAUCCACCCAAAGCGAAAUUUGUGUCACGGAUGACAAUUCCAUUGGAAGAGUCCGGUGUUUGUUGCAUUGUUCAAGGUGUUAGGAUUCUUGAGGUGAUCCUCAAGAACAAGUUUUUAGCUUUGGGAAAUAUGUGCAUGGUGUGCAAGGAGGAUGAAGAAAGUUGUGAUAUCUCGUUCUCCAUUGCCCCUUGAAAGGGGGCUUAUUUGGAAUUGAACCCUCCCAGAAGUUCAGUGACAGUGGGAAUACCUCAAAUCACACUUGUUCCAACAUUGGGUAUCCCCACUGUUCACGGAAGUUGGAAGGAAGGUACGGAGGGUAUGGAUGAUGGCCUAUGGAAAGAGAAAAAUAAGAGAAUGUUUAGAGUUUUAGAGUCCUAAGUCCUAAUCACGACCAAUGUGGUUGAUUGGUUAUCACACUUACGAGAUCGGGUAUUCCAAGAUCAAAAAAAUCACUUGUAUCGGUUGCAUAUUGAAGAUGAAGUUAAUUAGAAGUCAGGCUGAACAAGAAGUCCGAUCGGAGUUGCCCAACCAUACCUUGGAAUUGUUGGGGACAGUCGGUUUUGACGAUUGUAUUAGCAACCGGCCGGUACCUGCUAGAACCGGCUAGUUCCCACUGUUUUAUUAUUAUUAUUAUUAUUUAUUAUUUAUGUUUUCACUUU